UCUUCAUCUAACCCCUCUGCACAAGCUUUGCCAGGAUUAAAGCGUUCAUCAUUGAUUCUUGGAGACGGCGACCUCCGGCUGCACGUCUCCCCGUCGACAAAUGACAGGACUCCUGCGAUUCCGCCCUUAAUGAUGCCUCCAAAGCGGAAGAGAAACGAUCGAGGCCCCGGCGACUCGGGCCCCUCGAGGCCAUCGCCCCAUCGCCCUGCCGAUACGGCUCUGGGCCACCAUGAUAGAAGUUUCGAUGGAGGCCGCGGCCCCCGUGGCGGCAGGAACGGGCGGAGAGGAGACCGUCGCGAUUCUUCGCAGCCUUCCAAUCCAAACUCGUCGUUUUCUGGCCCAGACCCGCGUUCACCACCGCUUCCUCGACCCUCGAGCUCGUCUUCUUUGGCACCCCCGCCCGUAGCAAUGACUCCGACGCCUGCGGCCGCACCCGCGCCCGCACCCGCACCGGUACCCACGCCCGUCCCCGCGACAGCUCCGGCGCCUGCGUCACCUCCCCCGUCUCCGAUACAACCCUUCUACGACUACAGCAUUAUCACUGAAGAUUGCGUGAGCAGAUGGGCAAGUGGCGCUCGGCAGGAAGUCAUUGAGCAUGGAAUCCAGUCGCGCAAGGAUGAGGAUGUCACCGAAGUCGUCGUGAUAUUCCAGGAGCUAAUCCACUCCGUCACUGACGGACGACUCCAAGGCUAUGACGCAGGUGACGUAGUAAAAGAGAUCCUGGGGCCGGAGCUAUCAGACGAAGAUCGGACGGUCGCCACUUUCGACCCCCACACCCUAUUCCUUGACACCGUUUCUACAUUUAUGGACGUCGAGUCCGGCCCUCUUCGGCCGCAGCUCCGCGACUUCAUGGUGGCCACAGACGUCUCCCCAGCCCUUAUGCGCCUCGUCCUGGACCCUCCAAUCCUCCAGCACCUCGAUUUAAUCCGCGACACCUUCGUGAGAAUGGGCAUCCGCCAAUCGACAAACCUGCUAUACCGCCAAGCGAAUUACAAUCUCUUGCGCGAAGAGACCGAAGGUUACUCGAAACUUCUCACCGAGCUGUUCACAACGAACAGCUCGGGGUCGUCCUCAUCUGAGGCCGUGCAGGCCACGUUCAACAAGGUUAUGGGCCUUAUUGGGACUUUCGACCUGCACCCCGGCCGCGUACUGGACGUGACCUUCGAUGUCUUUGCCGCGGUGCUAAUCAAGCAGUUCCGCUACUUCAUCAAGUUUUUGCGCAUUAGUUCCUGGUGGCCCCGCAGUCAGCUCAUCCAGCCAAAUAACACCUUCAUCGGCGGCCUGCCUAUCUGGGCUUUGCCUGAGCAUCCUGGAUGGGAGACCAGCGAGGAGGAGGAAGCAAUGCUGACCGAGCAGCGGCUGCAACGAGAUAUUGCGUUCUGGGAGCGAGCGCGCGAGAUCAAGCUUGAUGCUUACUUCGAGCUGGGAGGCAGACAGCUCACGGCAUCGGACGAGGAGCGUCUGGCGAACGGCACGGUUGACGAUGGUGCGGAAUCAAGCAUCGAGCAGGAAUGGAUCAGAAUAACCAAGACACUACCACCUCCGGGCAACCGAGACGCCGCGCAGAUGUUGGGAUUCAAGCUGCGCUUUUACACGUCGGAGGCCAGGGACCCCGAGGACACGUUACCGGCAAACUUGCUCUACCUCAUAGCGCUGCUGAUCAAGGUCGGCUUCAUCUCGCUGACGGACCUGUGGAAUCACAUAUGGCCCAAAGACGAGGACAUGGAGAGCGUCAAGGCGCAGAAGAUGAAAGAGCUCGAGGAGAAAGAGAAAGCCAAAAGACCAGGCGGAGAAAAGAACGCGCUGAUGAUGGCUGGGGCUCUGCCGGACGACAGCCCCAUGCCCCAAAGCAACACACGUCGCGAUGUAACAGCAAACAAACCCGACGUCGACAUGAAAACUGCCGAACCCGCAGAGGAGAAGCCAAAGCUGCCGGAACCGGCGGAUCAAAAGGUGCAUCUUCUCAAGUGCCUCCUUACCAUUGGCGCUCUCCCCGAAUCGCUUUUCAUUAUCGGGCGGCAUGAGUGGAUCCUCCAAGCAUACGCCGACGAGAUCCUACCUCUCUUUCACCGCAUCCUUCAUCAGUCCAUCGAUGUCGUCUACCAGCAGAGCCGCCCGAUACCGUCGCGUCCGAUCGAAUGUCCUCAGAAGAAGCUUCCUGAUCUCGACCAGUCGGGUGUACCCAAAGGCAGCAUUAAACGGAGCGCACCGCCCCUCAAACGGGCUCUGAAAUGGCCACACCCGGAUAAGGCUGACGUCGGGGACGGCAUGUCUUAUCGCUUCUACUGGGACGAGUGGGCGGAUAACGUACCUGUCUGCCGAACGGUAGACGAUCUUUUCACGCUCUGCGACUCCCUCCUGAACGUCGUCGGCGUCAACAUCGGUCUUGACGCCUCUCUGGUGGCUAAGCUCGCGGCCAUUGGCUGCAAGAGCCUGGCCGAUGAUCAGUCGCCUGGCAACAUUGCGCGUUGGAUUGAUCUACUCAAGCGCCUACUGGUUCCAGCGCUGAGUCUCGGCGAGCCUAAUUCAUCACUGGUCGACAGCGUAUGGACGCUGCUCAAGCAGUACCCUAUCCGGACUCGUUUUAACCUCUACGCCGAGUGGUAUGAAGGCUCCAUCUCCCGACUCGAGCCCGUGCGGAAGGCCUUCGCUCGGACAAGGUUGGAGACGCUCAGCAAGAUGAAGCGCCUCUCCUUGACCAACAUUCCCCAGAUGGCAAAGAGUCUCGCUAAGAUUGCCUAUCCGUCCCCCGGUAUCGUUUGCAAGGUCGCCCUGCUCCAAAUCGAAUCCUACAGCAACCUGAUCGAGGCCUUUGUCGAAUGUGCCAAGUACUUCACUGAUCUAGGAUACGAUGUCCUUGUCUGGUCGGUGUUGAGCUCGCUCGGCGGCCAACAGCGGAGCCGCACUCAGGAGACUUCAGUGUUGCUCACCAGCAAGUGGCUCCAAGCGCUGUCGCGCUUCUCGGGCAAAGUCUUUCAACGCUACUCCAACAUGGAUCCGUCGCCCGUUCUUCGCUAUGUCAACAACCAGCUUCUGCAGGGGAAUUCGACCGACUUGGUCAUCCUCGAAGAGCUGAUCGGCUCUAUGGGCGGUGUUGUGUCCGGGCUGGAUUUCACCGACGCUCAGCUGCACGCCAUGACUGGCGGAGAAUUGCUCCGUCGCGAGACUCUUGUCAAUCUCGGAGACAAGCGAUUCUUGUCAGUACGGAGUGCGCAGCGACUAAUGAAGGCCCUGUCCCACUCCAAUCUGGCCGGCCAACUGCUCAUCAAUAUCGCUCAGUACCGGCAAAAUGCCAUCUACAAGAUCGCGGACGGCAGCGCGCGUAUCAAGUACCUCUCGACCAUCCUGGACGAUACCCACCAGGUUCUUCUGCGGUACCUGGACUUGCUCCGCAGCAACAUGGAUGCCGAGACGUUCGACAAGCUCAUUCCUGACGUCGUUCAGCUCAUGAGAGACUACGGCCUGGACGCCAACCUCGCCUUUACCAUCCACCGGCCUAGCAUCCGCUGGGACGCGAAGUCUCCCAUCGCGGCCAGAGAGAGCCAGGUCCAGAUCACCAAAGCCGGUACGGAUGUCGACGGCGAUGUAGCCAUGGAGACGGCCGUCACGCCCACCCAAGGCGAUGGCAGCAGCACCGACGCCAAGGGAGACACCGGCAAUGACAGUCCGCCCUCGAAAGCACCAAACAGCCGCGCGUCAGAGGCGAUCCCGGAGGCGCUCGCUCCGCUAAUUGACGAGAUCCAGGGCGUCCGACCUCAGCAGUCAUGGCGGUACAUCAGUCCGGCAUGUUAUGUGUUUUCCUGGUCGCUGCAGCUUGGAAAUCUGGUGUUCCCGCGCGAAAGCUACUUUUCUGAAGUCGACCGACUGAAAAAGCAGGCUGAAGACGUCAUGAAGGACAGGACGGACAUGACGCGGCCUGGAAUGGACAAGAAAACCCAAAGACGGGAUGAGAUUCUUGACCGGCAGAAGGACCUCCUCCGGGAGGUUAACGAGGGCUUCACGGCCUUCUCCAAGGGCAGACUGCACAUCGGCAGGCAAGCUAGUACAUGGUUUCCUGCAGGUAUUGCAAAGGCCGAUGCGACGUCGGACGCGCUGCUGGAAGAAUGCAUUCUUCCGCGCCUGCAGAUCUCGGCCAUGGACGCGGAAUACUGCUUCAGACUGGUCAAAUUCCUGCAUGAGUUUUCGGCCCCGAACUUCAAGCUCAUGUCGCUCUAUGACCGGCUGUUCAACCACAACCGUCUGCGCGGCAUCAUCUUUGCAUGCACGGUCCGCGAAGCCGAACAUCUUGGCCGCUUCCUGAGGCUCAUCCUCGGCGACCUCUCCAAGUGGCACGGUGACAAGGCUGCUUACGAGAAGGAAGCGCUGGGUCUCAAAGAACUACACGGCACCAAGACGCGGCAGUAUCUGGGGUUUGCCACCGCUUUCGAUGCCGAUGGCAAGCCGACCGAGUUUCUCGAGCAUGAUCCGUUCAAGGAAGUCCUGUUCCGCUGGCACAAGGAGCUCAACACGGCUCUGAGAACGUGCUUGAACGGCAUGGAAUGGAUGCAUAUCCGCAAUGCCAUCAGCAUCCUCAAGGGCGUCAUCGAUUAUUUCCCGGCCAUCAACUUCAUGGCCGACAAGUUCCUUGAGCAACUCAACACUAUCAAGGACCGCGAAGCGGCCACCAAGAACGCACCAGAGUCCGAGCAAGGCCACCGCGUCGAUCUCUCCGUCACAGCCCAGACCGCCUACUCGGAGUUGAAGAAGAGGAAGUCGAAGUGGAUCCUUGUCCAGGCGUUCCGGCCGGGUGUUAAGAGCGACGGAAAGGACGAGAGACGAUCCACAACACCGGCCAGCUCUUCCCUCCGAGGCUCAGCGGCGGAGUUCAAGCCCAACGGGGUGCGUUCGUCACAGCCUACCGAAGUUGAAGAUGGAGAGGUCAAGGACGGCAGAGCGGGCAACGCCACGGCCAAAGCAGCCGAACCCAAUGCUCCGAAGCCGCAGCCGGCCAGGGAGUCCCCGCGGGAGACCAAUUCCCCGGCGCCGAAGACAGAAUCCACAAACUCCGGAAGGCCAGGCACGCCCAAGCCGCCGGCCGCGCCCCACUCGAGUAGUCGACAGGAGCCUCAAAAGUUCUCCACCCUGCCCCCCGGUGGACCUGGACUUCCAAGCAGACCAGAGCUCCCUAACAGGCCCGACGUGCCGGUGCCCAGUAGGUAUGGACAGGCCCGGCACGAUAGGCGGGAGAUUCCGACACGAGAGGCCCGCGACUACCGUGACGGCCGGGAAUCACGAGACCACCAUUCGCGUGACUCUCGCGAGUCUCAAGGCGCCCGGGAGAAUAGGGAUUACCGGGCAGCGGAGACCUCGCGGCCAGAGCGACUUCGCGAACCACCGGUACCAUCCGAUAGGCGUGCUGCGGAUGCUGGACCGCGGGAACCCGGUCCCCGUGAAGCUAGUCGCGACGGCCGCGACGCUGGACGACCAUCCGACCGGGAGCGGCCGAGCAGAGCAGAGCCGGCACCGCGUAGGCACGACCACGGCCCACCAGCGGAAAGGGAUAGCCGUGCUCCCAGAGAAAGAGGUCCGGGUCGGUCUGACGGUAGAUACGCCAGAGAAUCCGCGGUUUCCACCCCUCCGCCGGCAGCCGCUGCGCAGAAUGGCGCCCAGGAGCCUCCCAUCAACCCCGAGCGGGCUCGAUUACUUGGGGUUGAACAGCCCGUACUCGUCAAUCCAGCAAGGGCUGCCCUGAUGAACGAGUCAAGAGAACCUUUGGGCCGCGGGUCUCCGAGAGACCAAUCCAGGGAACGACCUCCACGGACUGAGUCGCCUAGGCGAGCCGACCGUACCCCGGCAAAUCCACCCCCUCCGGAUCAUGGUCGCGACGAUCGCCACGCGCGCCACCGUCAUUCGCCCGCUCCUGAAGCUGCACGAGAAUCCCGGAACGAGCCCGCAGGCCCGCCUUCACGGCCCGACCGAACCGCGGAGCGCGAAGACAGGAUGGCCAGGCCCGCCAGGGAUCCUCCACACGCUAGCCAGCCCCGCUCGGAUAGCGACCACGGGAGACUCAACCAGCAAGAUCCCAACUACGGCCGAUUGAACCCGAUCCAGUCUGUCGUCGAUAUGCCGCCGGCGGCGGGUCCUCCGCCGUCAGGUCCGCGAGGCCGGGGUGGCCGGAAUAUAGGGCGACCCGGCGCCGUCAACGGCCCUCCGAUGCGCCCUGCUGACAACAGAUUCGCGGGGCUCGAGCCGAUCCGGCCACCGACUCCCGAUGAGCGGCAUCCUCCAACUGGGCCCUCUUCGUCACGCUCGCGGCGAGGCCACUAUGAUAGCGGGAACAUGAUCUCAUCGCCAACAACGGCCGGGCCUCCUGGAGUCGGAGUGCACCCAGACAGGAUGCGGCAGAUCAACCAAGCGCCGCUUCCCCCACCGCUGCCUCCACCUCCGACGGGCCCGGCUGCCGGCAUCCACCCGGACCGUCUCAUCAACCUGGUUGCGGGUCAGCCAUCGGGGCCUGGUUCGCACUCGCGCCCACCAAUGCACACACCGGACCGCCCGUCGAUGCCCGCCCCUAGCUCUGGUGCGCGGCCCACACCUUCAGGACCUAGUGCCGAUUUCUCCUCAACUCCCACCGGCCCUGCGGCCGGGAACGACCGGAUGAGGCCGGGCGGCAGACAACUUCGGGGUAUCCAGAACACGCUCGACAAGGCCUCAGCAGACGCCGCCAGAGGUCCGGGCAUGCGGACGACUCGGUCACGACCGACCUUGGCAGGGUCAGACGUCCAGAUACUGACAGGUGCGUCGCCGGUGACAACGCCCGUGCAAGAACGGCCGCCGCCUGACGUCCUCCGGGACUCGUCGUCCCGCCGUGACAUGAGCACCGACCGGGCGCCCCCGCGCGGGCCUGAGCCGAUCCAGGCCGUGGGAGACAGCCGCCAGGCCAACAACAACAGCAGCCGCGGGCCUGGCAGCCGCGGCGAGCACGACCGCGGCCGCCGCGACCACCAUCGCUCGGAGCGCGGCAGCCGGCCGUCCAGGCGGAGUAGCCGCGAGCGCACGCCAGACCGGGGGGAGCGCGAGUCUAAGGAUCCUCGCGACUACCGAGAUAGCAGGCGGUCGGGUGUGUCGUCUAGCGUGUCUGGCGGCGCGCGCGAUGAGCGGGACGCGCGUCGGUCCUCGUCGCUCCGUGAAUCCACGAGUAGUGGUGGUGCUAACCGACAGCCUAUUCCCGGCGGUCCUGGGGGAGGAGGAAGGGAUCUAGCGCCGCCGCGCGAGUCGAGUUCGCAUCGCAGUCACCGCGGCGACGGCGGACCGGGAGGUGGAAGGGGUGACGGAGCCCACGGUGCUGGCGAUUAUGGACGGAGCGGGUCUUCCAGGGGAAAUAAUGGGGCUCUUAGGGAUUCUAGAUCCAGACCCGGAGGAGGAGGAGAUGAGCGUGGUGGUGAUCCGAGGGGCGGUGGUGGUGAUGAUCGGGCGGCGAGGAAGCGCAGGGGCGAAGGGGGUGUGGACUCGGGCGGCGACGGCGGAAGCGGAAGUCACCAGGACAAGCGGCCGCGGCGUUAGUAACUUUGCGGUUGUCGUCGUGUUGAAAGAGUGUUUGUUGUUGCGGGAUCAAAUCAGAUUGGAGGAGAGAGGAUUUUACGAAGUACGCGCGUCGCACACACAAAGUUGUCAUUUCCGGGUCGGCGGCCACCAACUAUCAGAAUUUGAGAAGCGUCAUACAUUGCAAUGAUGGAUGGGUACGCCAGUUUCUUUUAGAUCUCGGUGGGGGCCAAAGUCAAGUCGAGUCGAGUCGAGUCACCAAA